GUGGAGGUGGCAGAGAAGUGCGGGUGUUAUAAUGAUGGGAACGUAUAGGUAGAGGAGGGAAAUACUACUUUACGUAGAAGGACCUGGACUUUGCUAAGUUACCAGGGCCGGAGGAUCCAUCACAGCUAAUUUCCUCGACGUUGCUUUUCAUUGUGCUCCACGAUGUCAUGGGCCGGUUUUGGGAAAUGCUGCUGUCGUAGCAUUUGGUGGUUUCAUAGCUGUGAGUGCAGUAGACACAAGAAUGAAAAACGAAGAAGUACGUGUGAGUGCAUCUGGGUUCUCCUGAUCCUCUGUAUUUUCAUUUUUACCUUGAUUUGGAUGUAUAUCACCCUGAUCAUAGAAAAUGACAUGCAUAACUUUAAUGAGUAUAUAUUCAAGUCGCGAGGCUUUUGGGUGGACUGGUUUGUUGUCCUGGUCACAGUAACGGCUGUCCUGCUGACAUACUGCUCCAUACUACUGAUGACUUCAAUGUGCCUUGUGGCCUGUGCCCAACCUCUCAAGUUGCACUGUCUGCAUAAGGUUCUCGUAUGUCUCUGUGCUGCAAUUGUCAUUUUGCUAAUAGUUUUUUUGGAUCUAAAGUGGAAAGAAGAAUGGGAUGCUGUUUCCAUCUCAUUGCAGUCAACCAGUCCCUUUUUACACAUUGGAGCUGUGAUUGGGAUGUCUGCUUUUUCUUGGGUCCUUGCUGGCUAUUUUUGGAGUGUAAACAAUAAAGUGCUAAAGUAUCUCCUACUGGCGGCAUUUGUCAUCCUCGUUGGUGCUUUGUAUGUAUCCCCUUUAUUCAUUUCAUCCCCCUGUAUCAUUGAAGCAUCAAAACUCCCUCCUAAACCAAAACUCAAUGGCCAUCGUGGGGCUCCAAUGUUGGCUCCAGAAAAUACAAUGAUGUCAUUUGACAAAAUGGCGGCAUUAGGAACAAAAGUGUUUGAGACUGAUGUCAUGGUGAGUUGGGAUGGAAUUCCUUUCCUGAUGCAUGAUAGUACCCUACUGCGAACCACUGAUGUUGCACAAGUGUUUCCAGAGAGAGCAAAAGAAAACUGCAGCAAUUUUGAAUGGACUGAUCUCCAGAAGUUAAAUGCUGGUAACUGGUUUUUGCAGAGGAACCCAUUUAAUACAAUGGGGUCACUGACUGACCUGGAUAUUCAAGAGGUGAAGAGACAAAAAAUACCUACUUUGAAUGACCUGCUGAAUGCAGCUGAGAAGGAGAACAUCUCAGUCCUUUUUGAUCUGCGUCCACCUCCUGCUGGGCAUCCGCAUAAUGAGAGCUAUGUCAAUAUCACUUUAAGGACCAUAUUGAACUCAACAAUUCGCCAAGAACUAAUACUAUGGCUUCCUGAUGAGGAACGAGAGAAUGUUAUAGCAGAGGCUCCUGGUUUCCGUCAGAUAUAUGGAAGGAAGAGAACAAAAAACGAAACCUUUGAUUUUGUGAAUCUGUCAUAUAGAACCCUGAGUGUGGAUGAAAUUCGGUCAUACCGAAAAGAUAAUGUAUCGGUCAAUCUUUAUGUGGUUAACAAACCCUGGCUGUUCUCCUACGUCUGGUGUGCUGGGGCUACAUCUGUCACUACCAAUUCAUGUCACUUUCUCCGGGAUUUGCAGCGUCCUCUCUGGGUUUUGGCCCCAGAUGACUACUUCAUAAUAUGGAUUCUUGCAGACUGCAUAUCCUUCCUUCAUGUGGUCUGGGCAUUUAUGGUGCAGAGAAAAUGCAUGAGAAAGAAAGAACAAAAAGAGUCAGAGACUGUGUUACUUAUGAAGCUGGAGAGUUUGAACUACUAACCUCGCUAGUUACAGCUGGAUUGGAUAUGAAUUGAAAGACUUCUCUCUGCAUCGCAAAAAAAGAA